AUGCAGAAAUGGAUACCUGGUUUCUGUCCUGCUACAGCUCAUAUCACUCGUAUGGCAGCUUGGAUAAGGGUGGCUGCUAUUCAGCUAGAGUGUUUUGAUGUGUGGUCUCUGAAGCGUAUUGGAAAUUUAGUGGGGAAGCUGUUGAAAAUUGAUUCUCUAACAACUUCUCAGAAUCGAGGUAAAUUUGCUCGGUUAUGUGUGGAGCUUGAUCUAACUAAGCCUUUGGAGGCUUUUGUUCAAAUUAAUCAACAUUGGUACAAUAUAGAGUAUGAAGGCUUACUGGAAAUCUGUUAUAUGUGUGGUAAAUAUGGUCAGAAGAGGGAAGUGUGUCCUCUAAGGGCUGAGGUUCAAUAUGAGAAAACUCCUGAGAUGCCUAUCAAAGAAGGUAGCGUGGACAUGAACACUGAUUCUGGGGAUGAGGUUAAUAAGUUGAAGGAUUGGGAUUCUGGGCUGAGAGGGCCUUGGAUGAAUGUUCAGCCUAGAAGGAAAUAUAAGACUAAUUUUAAAGAUGGAGGGGGGAAGAAUGCUGGUGGAACUUCUAAGGGGUCCAGAUUUGAUGCUUUGAGACAAGUUGGUGAGGAUUUUGGAAGAGAUGUGAAUGGACUUGGGGGGGAGCCUUCUUUGUCUUUUAAGACGGGUAAAAAUAUGGAGAAUAUUGGUUCCAAGGGUAGCAAGAUUUGGACUAAGUCUAAAUCCACUAAAGACACUUCUAGGCAAGAUAAGAAAGUUAGGCAGCCUUUUGGAACUUCUUUUGAUUUUUCUAACUCAACUGGUGUCGCUCAGUUCAAUGGGAAGGAAUUUGGGCAUCCCGGCUUGGGUAGUGAGAAAAUUGAUAGCUGGGUGGGGAAUCAUGAUGCAAGUAUAGAGAAUGGUGUGUAUAUUUUUGGUUAUCAACCCCCGAAUAUAAGGGAACAAGGUGUUAAUUCUGAGGCCAGUUUUGAAUCUGAGGAUGAUGCAGGGGCUAUUAAUGCAUAUACUGGUGAUGAUGUGGGCCAAAAUGAAAACAUGGAUUUGUCUGAGGGACAAGGUGUUGGUUCUGAUGCUCAUAUGACAGGUCAUGCCCUUAAUAGUGAGGGUGGUGUGACCUUCGAUAUUUGA